CGCCAAUGGUUCCGCGCAAUGCUCCAGGCCAGAAACUACACUAAGUAAGCCAAAGUAAGCUUCACGCAACUCUUCCGCGUGUAUGCUGUGUGCGCCAGCGAAGGUGUUGCGGUGAGCAUCUGCCGUGUCUCCUCUCGUGUCGAGGAGGUGAAGCGGCCACUCGGCGCCGUCGACCGACACCAACCCGACAAUCUCACCAUGUGCUGCAGGCCGAGAGCCGCCCUCUCCACGCUUCUCUCCACAGUUGGAGCAGCUAACGGUGCAUGGGGGCAUAUAAUGGGGCAAUGGUUCCCGUGAAGAACAUAUCUAGCUUUUUGGACACCGCUGUUUCCUUCCUCCUCUACUCGCGCUUCAUAUUGUUCAUUCACCCUCUUGAAAAUCAUGAGCGCGAAGAUGGGCGGUCUUAAUUACCAUGAGGAUGUCGAAAGCAACGCCGAGAAACUGCCCGAAGGCUUCGAUCGACCUGCUGUUCCGUAUACAGGACAAAACAGCGCAGCCGACAAGGCGCUCAUCUGGAAACAGGACCUCCGUAUCGUUCCCUUGUCCGCCUUCAUCUACCUGCUCUGCUACCUGGACCGAAGCAACAUCGGCAACGCGAAAACGCUGAAUUCUAACAAGAAGAAUGACCUCCUCGACGAAACCCACAUGACUAACCUCCAAUACACCAUCGCCUUGAUGGUCUUCCUCAUCGCGUACGCUGUAUUCGAAGUGCCAAGCAACUACAUGCUCAAGAAGAUGAAGCCAAGCGUCUGGAUCUCCUUCCUCAUGUUCUCUUGGGGCGCCUUGACCAUGGGACUAGGCGGCACGCGGUCCUUUGCCUCGGUCACUGCGGUUCGCUUCCUACUUGGCGCAUUUGAAGCCGGUCUGUUUCCGGGCCUCGUAUACUACCUCACAUUCUGGUACCGCACCGAGGAACGCUCCAUCCGCGUGGCCUUGAUCCUGGCUUCUGCAACGCUCGCUGGUGCUUUUGGCGGAGCAAUUGCAUAUGGGGUCGGUCACAUGAACGGAACCUCCGGCCUCUCUGCCUGGCGAUGGCUCUUCAUCCUGGAGGGCCUUCCGUCAAUACUCUCUUCGUUCCUAGUGUUCUUUCUGCUGCCGGACUUCCCAGAGACAGCUAAGUGGCUGUCUACCAGUGAGAAAGAGCUGGCCAUCGACCGUCUCCGUAUUGAAGGCUCGCACGGACAUAGCGACUUCACUUGGGCCGAUGCAAAGGGAACACUGACUGACUGGAGACUGUACGCUCAUUAUGCUGUUUAUUUUGGCAUUUCGUGCCCUUUCUCGUCGCUCAGCUUGUUCACGCCUACGAUUACAGCUGGCCUCGGCUUCCAAAACCUUCAGGCUCAGCUAAUGACUGUGCCACCGUACGCCGUCGCAUACGUCGUUACUAUCCUGGUGUCUUGGUCUGCCGACCACUUCAAUGCCAGAGCACUGCAUUCAGCUAUUUUCGCAACCAUAGGCGCUCUCGGCUUCCUCGUCUCCGCAGUCCUGCCGCCGCAUGCAUAUGCGCAUCGAUAUGGCUGCUUGAUUGUCGCAGCAUCUGGAGCAUUCAGUUGCAUCCCACCUCUGCUUGGCUGGCUUUCCUCAAACCUCUUCAGCACAGCCGCCGUAGGUCUCGCCAUCGCUAUGAAUAUAAGUUUUGGUGCCCCAGGGCAAAUCGCUGGUGUCUGGAUCUAUAAAGCGGACGAGAAGGCUAAGGGGUACCCGACUGGUCAUUGGGUAAACGCUGGACUGCUUCUCUUUGUGGCAGCUGGCUGCUUGAGCUUGCUUCUCUAUUACCGCAUGCUCAACAAGAAGAUCAGGAGUCAGGGCGGCGAUCGGUUCUACAAGUACUAGUUGCACAAAGCGGCGUAAGCACACCGCUCAACAAACAAUGCAUGUAGCAUUCAUCCGCUU